UCGUAUGAAGAAAUGACAUCUGAAGAAAAACUAAGAUACGACCACCAGAAAGUGCAUGAAAUGCAUCGUGGUCACGAUUCCAUGCAUAUGACGAUGGCAUUGAUUCUCAUCGGGACAUUGAUAGUUGCACAUAUAGUUGUUACGAAUUGGAAGAAUCUACAUUACAGAUCAUAUGCACUUUUCACAAUGGUAGCGAUGUGGUCCAUACCUCUAAUGAUGAGCAUCAACAACCACUGGGUGAGAUUCAUCGUGGUGUGGACGAUAUUCACCAUCCUUACCGCCCUUGUUAUAUGGAAGUCCUCACAGAAACCCAUGUCGGUCACGACGCCCAGGCUAGUGUACAAAUGGUUCUACCUAAUAUACAAAGCGAGCUGUUUCCUCGGGAUCUUCGGUUACAUAGUCAUGAUGCUAACAUUCAUGAAUGUUAACUCGAUAUUUAACCAAAAGCCCCAAGUGUGGAUGGACGUCGGUUUAGUGACGCUUUUCUAUGGACUGUACUUUGGUGUGUUAGGUCGAGAUGUUGCUGAAUAUUGCACGGACAAAAUGGCAGCGUCCAUUGGGUAUUACACAAAAGAAGGUAUGCCGACAAGACACUUAGAGACCAAUGUGUGUGCCGUCUGCGGCAAUAAGUUGUUAGUGGAUGUCGAUGAGGAAGGCGUUCUAGAGAACACAUACAAACUGACAUGCGGUCACGUUUUCCACGAGUUCUGUAUUCGUGGAUGGUGUGUUGUGGGCAAAAAGCAGAGCUGUCCCUACUGCAAAGAGAAGGUCGACCUCAAGAGGAUGUUUACUAACCCUUGGGACCGACCCCACAUACUAUACGGGCAACUUCUGGACUGGAUCAGAUGGGUGAUAGCUUGGCAACCGCUCGUCUUAUUCUUCGCUCAGGGUAUAAACUGGCUCUUUGGACUCGAAUAGAAACAAACAAACAAUUAACUUUGUGACAAAUGUGAGUUGAUAACUUAAUACCGAUGUGUAAGUAAUAUUUAAUAUUCAAAUGUACAUAUUUUACACAGAGUGUUACAAAUAAAACUGUUAAUAGUAUUGUGAAAAGAGAAAAUAAAAUAUUAAUAAGUGUGACAACACAGUGAUGGAGCAACUAGUUCAGCUACCAAUGUUUCCAAGUGACUAAAGUUAUGUAAUAACACAAUAAUAUUGGUAUUAAAAAUGUAUAUUCAA